AUGGGCAGUAAGCCGUUGGCGGAAAUCGAUGAGCAGUUCUUUGAUGACCACAUGAACGUCAAUGUCAAGGGACAGUUAUUCCUUGUCAAGGCAGCUGCUCCACUUCUCACUUCGGUCUUACCCGACGCACUAGUCUACAUCGCUACCAAGGGCGCCAUCGAGCAAAUAUUCGCGUGCCCUUGCCGAAGACUUUGGCGUCCGGGGCAUUACCGUCAACACCAUUUCUCCCAGGCCCACAGACACAGACCUUUUCCGCUAGGGGAAGCCCGAAAGUACCAUCAAUUACAUUGCCAGCCGAGCUCCGUCCAAUAA